AUGGGCCAGUGCUGCUGUGCUGGCUCCCGGACCUUCGUGGAAGAAUCCAUCUACAAUGAGUUUCUCGAGAGAACCGUGGAGAAAGCAAAGCAGAGGAAAGUGGGGAACCCCUUUGAGCUGGACACCCAGCAGGAGCCUCAGGUGGACAAGGAGCAGUUUGAACGAGUCCUAGGCUACAUCCAGCUGGGCCAGAAGGAGGGUGCAAAACUCCUCUGUGGCGGAGAGCGUUUCGGGGAGCGUGGUUUCUUCAUCAAGCCUACUGUCUUUGGUGGCGUGCAGGAUGACAUGAGAAUUGCCAAAGAGGAGAUCUUUGGGCCUAUGCAGCCCAUGUUCAAGUUCAAGAAGAUUGAGGAGGUGAUUGAGAGGGCCAACAACACCAGGUAUGUCCUGGCUGCAGCUGUGUUCACCCGGGAUCUGGACAAGGCCAUGUACUUCACCCAGGCACUCCAGGCCGGGACCGUGUGGGUAAACACCUACAACAUCGUCACCUGCCACACGCCAUUUGGAGGGUUUAAGGAAUCUGGAAACGGGAGGGAGCUGGGUGAGGAUGGGCUUAAGGCCUACACAGAGGUGAAGACAGUCACCAUCAAGGUUCCUCAGAAGAAGUCGUAAGAGCAGCUGUCAGGGAGGCCCAGUCACAGUCCAGCAAUUCCACAACCACCUUGACCAAUGCUUGCCAAACUGUUUUAAAGCCAAGAACACCCUUUCUUUGUUCCAACUUAACUCUUAGAAGAAACCCCACAAAUAAAGCAAUUCAAUCAAGACUGUUCUAUUUAAAUCAGAGAUGGGGACCAGGCUCAGAGUUCUACCUAUCUAACCCCCAACCACAGCCCCCUUGGUGGCCCAUGAGUUGCUUCCAUGAAACCUUAGGAGUCUCUGGAAGACAGAUUAAAAACCAGUGAUCUGUAAUUUGUAGCUCUUCCUGCUGAUCCAAGGACUUUCCCAUGGGUGCACUUGAUGGUUUAGUGGAUCGACUCAACUCAGAACAUAAGCUUGGAAAGUGUUAGGGGUUUUGAACUAGGUGGAUACUAAAUCUCGGCCCCACUCUUCAUUGGCUUAACCUAAAAACCAGAGGUGCUCUUCCUUGUCUGUGUGCCAGUUGCUGGCUGUUUUAGUUGCUUGCCCUUCAUUUUGCUACUGAUUUUCCUUAAUUUGUGGGAAGGAGUAGGCAAAGAAUAUGCUUACAUGAUUACACCUGUAAAGUAAGCCCAAACAUCCCAAAUGUCCAUCAACUGAUGAGUGGAUUAAUAAAAUGUUUCCAUGGAAUAUUCCUUGGAUUACUCAGCCACAAAAAGGAUUGAAGUACUGACACACGCUGUGACAUCAGUGAACCCUGAAAACAUCCUUCUCAGUGAAACAAGCCAGAGAGAUGUACAAGGCUACAGACUGUAUGAUUCCAUUUAUAUGAAAUAUACAUACUAGGCAAAUCCAUGGAGAUGGAACAUAGAUUAGUGGUUGCCAGGGGAUAGAGGAGUAACUGUUAGUGGGCAUGGGAUUUGUUUUUGGGAGGUUUUGAAAAUGUUCUGGAGUUGAACAAUAGUAAUGGUUGCACGAUUUGGUAAAAAUACUAAAAACUAUGGAAUUGUUUAAUUAUGGUAUAUGAAUUAAUUUCUUUCUUUUUUUCUUUUUUUUUGACACGGAGUCUCACUCUGUCGCCCAGGCUGGAGUGCAGUGGUGUGAUCUCGUCUCACUGCAACCUCCGCCUCCCAGAUUCAAGCGAUUCUCCUGUCUCAGCCUCCUGAAUAGCUGGGAUUAUAGGUACAUGCCAUCAUACCUGGCUAAUUUUUGUAUUUUUAGUAGAGAUGAGGUUUCACCAUUUUGGCCAGGCUGAUCUUGAACUCCUGACCUCAGGUGAUCCACCUGCCUCGGCCUCCCAAAGUGCUGGGAUUACAGGUGUAAGCCGCAACACCCGGCCAUGAAUUAACUCCGUUAAAAAAUAAACGUAUACAUUCUGUGAGCAAA